AAGAGAACACAAGAAAAACUAUCCUCUUACCGUGGUUCCUUCUAGAGGCCCCCCGCCGCCGUGGAAACCCAAAAGGGGGAAGAGUUCGCCACCGCGUGUGCUCUACCGUAAAGCUAGUCACGGAUGGUCGCAGAAGGAAUGGAGUUCCUACUGGAUGCGGUUGACAGGUUCCCGGUGCGGGAGGAGUUUGCUGACAGUCUUGACAACCCAGAUCCGGUCCCGCUCGCGUACCUUCUGGAGAAGGGCAGUGCAAAUCAGGAGUUUGGACGGGGAGAAGACCACUCUGGGAUUGCUGAUAUCCUGUGCGACGGUGUGCUAACUGACGCCCAAGGGGGUGCCCAUCAACGGCGUGUUGAGUCUCCGACGAGGUCGGCCCAAUCGACGGGCAGGGUUAAUCCAGAGGCCCCGGGCUGGACCAAAAGGCUUCGUCUUGGAAGUGCGCCACCUGACCGUAUGCCAUGUCCAUCAAGAAUGAGCGCUCUAGAGCUGUCGAUAAGGAAAUAUGCUGAGCAACCUGACAAGAGCGUGGUGCGACCUGAGCUAGGGCUUAGUUUCGAUUCGCUAGGAGAGGCGUAUGAUUUCUACAACUUAUAUUCAUGGGAAAUUGGAUUUGGGAUAAGAUAUGGAAAAAGCAGGCUGAACGCCGAGAGAACAAAAAGCAUGCAGGAGAUAGUAUGCGGUUGCUCGGUGAGUGUCUGUUUGCUUGUAUGUAUAAUAAGAAGCGGCAGUGUACUGGUUGGUGUUCCAACCUGAAGUUGAUGAAUUUGAAUCAGCUUGGGGGGCACUGCUGGACAAGUACAACUUGAGGUCUCAUAGCUAUAUGACACAAAUAUAUGAGACAAGGAAAAAAUGGGCAAAGCCAUAUUUCAGGGGUGUGUUCUGUGCGAAGAUGACAAGUACCCAGCAAAGUGAGAGCGCAAACCACAUGCUGAAAUCUUACAUGCCGCCUGCGAGCCGAAUGCAUGUUUUCGUCCGGCAAUACACGAGACUUCAAUUUGACCGGGAACGCGACGAAAGCUAUGAGGAAAAGAGGACCAUGAUUGUAAGUAGUUUUCUGCCAUUACGAAUCUUUUUGCUAUGAAUUUGCUGCUGCUUGGUAGAUUGUGCUCGUGGAAUGACUAAUACCGCCUGGAAAAUUUCCUUGUUGGCAGGGAGGCGCCGUCCGGCGGACUAACCUUGCGAUUGAGCGGCAUGCCAGCAAAAUAUAUACCAGGAAUAUGUUUGAGGAAUUUGGCCGGCUGCUUUUAGAAGGGACGGCAUACAACGUUACUGAAGUUGAGAGGAUGAAGAAAUACAUCACAACACACAAUAAUGCAGCCAAGAGAGAGAAGUGGAGCAGAGUGGAAUAUGAGGUGACCAUCAACGAUGACAAAUCAAUAUUCACGUGCGAGUGUGGUCAGUUUGAACACACAGGGAUGCUUUGCUGCCAUGCCUUAAGGGUGAGAUGGGUCGACAUAUUGUUGUGCAAGAAUUGAGUUAGGGGGGGAGAACAUCGGCAAUUAACAUUUAACAUUUGAUGCUGUAGGUGAUGGAGAUUCUACAUUUGGACGAGAUUCCGAAGCACCAUAUCCUUAAACGGUGGACAAGAGACGCAAGGGAUAUACUCCCAGAUCACCUGGUUCAGUACCAGAAGGACAAAGCACAUAAUUUGUCUUUCACAUGCAGACACGCGAGGCUAUACUUUAAGGCCAUGGAGGUAGUGCGAAUGGGGGACGCAAGCAUGCUAUGAGCACAUGCAUGCUGGCCUGGAUUCUCUUCUACGUUCUGGAGCACCUCUGGCGGUCACAAGGGACGGUUUGGCUUUCGAGGAUCGUCUCAUUCAAAAUGGAAAUGGCUGUCAGGCUGCGAAUGGCGAGCCUGCUUUGGUUGAUCAUGGAGCUGAACCAUGCCACAGUGCUGCGAAUUCUGUAAAUGCGAAUGCCCUGCAGUGCCUCGAGGCGCCAGACAAGCGUAGAGGUGCUGGCAGGCCGACGAACAGUAGGGAGAAGGCCCCGUACGAAGGGCUGAGUAAGAGAACCAGGUUCUGCAGCAUUUGCUGCCGUGAGGGCCACGAGAGGAGCACAUGCCCAGAGAGAGGGGAUGAGCCAAAGAAGCCGCGGAAACCCGGCAGAUGCAAGAACUGCGGCAUAGAAGGGCAUCGGCGGGAUACAUGUAAGAGGCCUCUUGGGUUUGCCGAGAGCUGAGUUGUGCAAUUUUUGGGUUGCAUCGGUUGAGGUUACCUGUUUCCUUUGAGGCUAAACAUACAGUCUGCACCUGUUGAGCGUUGCUUGCGCAUUGCAUCCAGUUUUCUUUAAUAAUGUGUGCUGAUAAAAAACUUUUUACGACUGAGGAACUUUGUGGCUA